AUGGCCGAAAUUCGCCGCAAGCUGGUCAUCGUCGGUGACGGUGCCUGCGGUAAGACAUGUUUGUUGAUCGUGUUCUCCAAGGGCACCUUCCCCGAGGUCUACGUCCCUACCGUCUUCGAGAACUACGUCGCUGAUGUGGAGGUCGAUGGCAAGCACGUGGAGCUGGCACUAUGGGAUACUGCUGGCCAAGAGGAUUACGAUCGUCUGCGCCCCCUGUCCUAUCCCGACUCUCACGUUAUCUUGAUUUGCUUUGCCAUCGAUUCUCCCGAUUCCCUUGACAACGUCCAAGAGAAGUGGAUCUCUGAGGUCCUUCAUUUCUGCUCGGGCCUGCCCAUUAUCCUGGUCGGUUGCAAGAAGGAUCUUCGGUAUGACCAGAAGACCAUUGAGGAGCUUCGCAAGACCAGCCAGAAGCCCGUUUCACCCGAGGAUGUA